CCCGUGCAAGCGAAAAUGUCCACUGAGGCCCUUUUCUUCUUCUUCCGCAUUCCUCUUAAGCAGCUCCUAAAUUAUCUCCACAAAAAGGUCAGCAACAUCCAUGCAUCUCAGUUUAAAUUUCAGAAGAGUCCUUCCUUUGUCCUUAGAUCAGGGCUGACAGAUUGUGACACUUUGGUCUUUAAUGUGGAGGGGACUUUGUUGAAAUCCUCUAGUCUGUUUCCUUACUUCAUGCUUGUGGCCUUUGAAGCUGGGAGCCUCUUGAGGGCUCUUGUCCUCUUUCUUUUAUACCCUUUUACUUGUUUGGUUCGUGAGGAAAUGGGCAUAAAGAUGAUGGUCAUGAUCUGCUUUUUUGGUAUCAAGAAAGCGAGCUUUAGAGCAGGAAGUGCUGUUCUGCCAAAGUUCUUCCUCGAGGAUGUUGGGAUUGAAGGGUUUGAGAUGAUGAGACGAGGGAGGAAGAAGGUGGCUGUGAGCUGUUUGCCUCGAGUAAUGGUUGAGAGUUUCUUGAGAGAUUAUUUGGAGGUUGACAUUGUGGUUGGGAGAGAGCUCAAGGUGGUUGGUGGAUACUUUGUGGGGCUAAUGGAAGAGAAGAAAAAAGAUAUGUCUGGUUUGGAGGCGAUCUUUGGAGACGACCAGAAAAGGAGCUGCAGAACUGCUAUUGGGAUUAACAACCUCAACAGACCUAUUGCUCAUCAUUUUUUCUCUCAUUGCAAGGAUGUUUACUUAAUGAGUGAAGCAGACAGAACAAGCUGGCACCACCUGCCUAGAGACAAAUACACCAAACCCCUCAUCUUCCAUGAUGGUAGAUUGGCCCUCAGACCAACCCCACUCUCUACUCUAGCCAUGUUCAUGUGGGUUCCAUUUGGGUCCUGCCUAGCCAUAUUCCGGAUCAUUGUAGCCUUAUCUUUGCCCAACAAGAUUUCACUUCCGAUCUUAACCUUCAGUGGUCUAAGACUCAAGCUUACGGCGAAACCUAAAGGAUCCCCCUCAGUUUUAACCGCAAAGCAAAACAAGCCCAAAGGCCUUCUUUAUGUUUGCAACCACAGAACUCUACUGGACCCUCUCUACAUUUCUUUUGCUUUAAGCAAGCCUGUAACUGCAGUUACGUACAGCCUAAGUAGAUUAUCCGAGCUCUUAGCACCAAUCAGAACCGUCCGAUUAUCAAGGGACAGAGAUCAAGAUGGAAAAAUGAUGGAUAAGCUAUUAAGUCAAGGAGACCUUGUAGUUUGUCCAGAAGGAACUACUUGCAGAGAACCCUAUCUCCUCAGAUUCAGCCCACUGUUCUCAGAGAUGAGCGAUAACAUCAUUCCCGUUGCCAUGGACUCACACGUCAGCAUGUUCCAUGGGACCACCGCAGGUGGGCUCAAGUGUUUAGACCCUCUCUUCUUUCUCAUGAACCCAUGUCCAAGUUACAAUAUCCAGUUCCUUGAGAAGGUGUCAGGGGCAUCAUGCCAUGAUGGUGGAGAAUCAAGGUUCCAUGUUGCCAAUCAUGUACAAAGUGAGCUUGGAAAGGCGUUAGGGUUUGAGUGCACCAGUCUCAACAGGAAGGACAAGUACUUGACCUUAGCAGGAAAUGAAGGGAUCGUAUAGCCUCUACUGGUGUAACAAAGCCUAAACCCUAAUUGCUUGUGCCAUGGGAAUAAGGUUCCCUGCAGUUCUUUCUGUAUUUAGAGCGUCAUAAAGGUUUCCUUUUCUUCUUCUAUACUCUUUUGAUAUGGGAUCUCCAAAACCAAUUUGUACGGAUUCAAUGAGAAGUCAAAUAUCAUAUAUAUAAAAUUAAAUUCUUCUAGAAAAUCUUAGAUUGGGUUACCAUUUA